AUGCUGUCAAGGAUAGCUACGCCAUCGACAUGUCUCGCCAGAAGGACAUUCACCACAUCUCUCGCCUUCCGAACAGGCCCCAAGAUCACUACAGAGGAGGAAUCCUCACCGGCUGUCAAUCCUCUUGCCCGGUCUGAUCCUUUCGUUAGCGAUCCCUCUGCUGAGGCCCGAUCUGAAGCUGUUGGCGAGGCCGCUCCCGAAACACGACCGAACCCUCUUAUCGGCAGUUUCCCUCCUGCCCCUCCUCGCGAUGUUCCCGAGACGGCCGAAUCAAAGACCAGCAACCACACCUACGAUGCCACCAAACCCUACACACUGGAUAUUGCCCAGAUCAUCGCCAACAAGGCCAGCGCAUUCGGCAAUGAACAAGCUUCAGACCCUAUAGCCCGUCCCCAAAUCCGUGCUAAGCCCGUUACCGGUCGCACAGUCUUUGUCAAGGAGUUUAUAACCAAGACCAGCGGUCCUACUCCUAUGAUGGCCCUCAAGAUCCUCAACAGAAUUGUACGAGAGGACCAAGUCAAGAACAAAUACCACAGCCAAAAGUUCCACGAGCGAAAGGGUCUAAAGAGAAAGAGGCUUGCAAGUCAGAGAUGGCGAGCGCGAUUCAAGCACGGAUUCAAGGCGACAGUCAGCAGGGUUAUGGAGCUCAAGAAGCAGGGAUGGUAG